AUGAAUUCUUCGUCAAUUAUGAAAGAUAAUGUUCAAUUACUCGAUUUACCUGAUGAAUUAAUUCUAAUUAUUAUGAUUAAAAUCAAACCUCGCGUGUUAUUGCUUAAUUCUAUUAUUACUAUUGGUAAUAAUCGUUUGGAACAACUUGCAAUUGAUAAAUGUCAUUCAAUUGAUUUAACUUUUGAUUAUGUUCAAUCACCAUAUGAAACGGUUAUUCAACGAUUUUAUUCACAUAUUAUGCCUCAUAUUAUUGAUAAUAUUCAAUCAUUGAUUUCAUGUCCCCAUUUAAAACAGGUGACAAUGAAAGUAUAUCGGAAUAUUAGUAACUAUAAAGAAUGUAUUGUUCCUCUUCUACAACGUUUGUCAAAUGUUGAAUAUUUAACAUUAUUAUUAGCUAUUAAUGGAACAAGAAGUAGACUUGAUCAUUUUGUUGAUGGAUUUGAUUUGGAGAAAGAUAUUGUUUCAUACAUGCCUUAUUUACAUCAAUUUAAUUUUCAUAUUCGUACAAUAUUUCAAAAUGCUACUCAUGUAGAAAUUAAUACAAUACGUGAAAGUUUUCUGAAAUAUCAACAAGAAUCUAUUGGUUGUACAGUUGACUAUUUCAAUAAUAAUUAUGGACAAUGUCAAAUCUAUUCACUUCCAUUUAUUGGCAAUCGUCUUGAUUUCAUUUCAAAUCGGUUUCCACUCUUCGAUAUUAAUAAUACAUUCUCAAUGGUUACUAUGUUAUUACUUUUUGAUGAUGUCAAACCAUUCGAAAAUCUUUUCUUUGCACGUAUUGCUCGAGAUCUGCCUUAUCUUAAAACACUCGAAAUGUUCAAUGGACUUGAACAACAAGAGAAAACAAUAGUGACAACAAAUAAUCUUGAGUUUACUCAUUUAUCUACACUAAUUCUAUUUGACAUUCAUAUGGAUUAUGCUGAACUAUUUUUUUAUCGAAGUCAUCUUCCUCGUCUAAUUGAACUGGCUAUUCAUAAGGAUAUAUUGUUAGCUAUAAUUACUCAAAAUCAACAACAAGCAAGAGACAAUUGUUCGAAAGUAGAAAAUUUAUUAACUUCGGAGACAUACUGUGAUUCAGUAGAUGCUGUUCGAAACUUUUUUCCUCUAGUUUCUCAUUGA